UCCCUGUUAACGUGUUAAUCAUUGGUACCAUUUAAAAUUGAAAAUGCCCCUGCGUAUAUUAGUCAAAAUAUCCUUAUACGAAAAGUGGCAAAUAUUACUAUUUUCCCAUCUUUCUGCCAUGGCUACUUUCAUGUUCUUGAUGCUUCCAAUGCUAUUUGCAGCUGUUGAAGUUGGAGCACAGAAGCAACUUUCCAACAUAACCUUAGGUUCUAUUCUUUAUCCAAACCGAAAUCCGAGUUCUUGGCUAUCUUCUUCAGGCCAUUUUGCAUUUGGUUUCUACUCAAAAGGGGAUGGAUUUCAAGUUGGCAUAUGGUUAGCUUCCACGAGCGAAAAAACUGUCGUUUGGAGUGCUAGUAGAGAUGAUCCUCCAGUUCAUUCGGAUGGAUACCUCGAGUUUACAAAAGAAGGCAAACUUAUUCUAUGGACAAAGCAGAACAUGAAAGUCAUUGCAGAAUCUCCAAAGCCACUAACUUCAGCUUCCAUGCUUGAUUCUGGUAACUUUGUUAUCUAUAAUAAAACAGAUGUCGUUUGGGAAAGUUUUGAUUAUCCAACGGACACCCUCCUCGUUGGCCAGCGCCUAAUAUCAGGCCACAGCCUUGUCUCUAGUGUCAGUGAAAUUGAUCAUUCAAUUGGGAGAUUUUAUUUGAGUAUGCAGCCUGAUGGGAAUCUUGUUGCAUAUCCAACCAAUUACAUAAAUAGACCUGAGGCUUCCUAUUGGGCUUUCAUGUUACAAAGUAGAGGCGAAUUCGGUGAUGUUGAUUCAGUUUUUGUGAGUCUUACUUCAAGAGGCCAACUGUUUAGAAAUGCUUCUAAUGGUUUUGGUUUUCAAGUGAAUGAAAUAGCAAAUAGCUCAACUCGAACACCAAAUAAGACAGUGAUUUAUCGCGCUACUCUUGAUCCUGAUGGUAUUUUUAGGCUUUAUACACACAGUUUUGAAGGCAGAGAUGAAUCGAGCUUGGAAAUCAAUUGGUCAUCGCUACAAAAUCAAUGCCAAGCCAGGGGAUUCUGUGGCGUAAACAGUUAUUGUACUGCAAGAAAUGGCAGCAGCAGCACAGGUGCUUGUUCUUGCUUACCAGGAUUUUUAUAUGCCAACCAUGAAAUGAAAUUCCAAGGGUGCUAUCGGGGAUUUGUUUAUGAAGAGUCUUGUGGAAGCAGCAACUCUACAUUAUUGGCCUACAAUCUCACCAUGAUUCAACACUUGAAACUUGGAGGAUAUCCAUUUUCUCAGGUUUCAAUUGUUGAGCAGGAUUGCAGAAAAUCUUGCUUGGAAGAUUGUACUUGUUGGGCUGCUCAAUAUGUCAAUGGAGUUUGCUGCAAAUUCAAGCUUCCAUUAGUAUAUUCAACACUUGAUCCAACUGAUCAGUCUGUCAAGGCUUUUGUCAAGCAGAGCUACAAUAUUUCCCAAAUUGCAGGUCACACUGUUCCCUAUCCUGGAAAAGCUGGGAAUAGAAAUAAAAGCCGGAAAGAGAUAAUCUUGAUUCUAUCCCUGGCUCUUGGCUCCGUAGCAUUUCUGCUUACGGUUGUUGCAAUUUGCAGUUAUCUUUUCUACAGAAGCAGUGAGGGCCAAUAUCAAAAACUGUUGGAAAAUCCAUAUUUGGGGCCAAACGAGGAGUUCACUCUUCGAUCAUUUUCUUACGAAGAGCUUGAAAAAGCCACUGAAUAUUUCAAGGAAGAGAUAAGGAAUGGUUCGUUUGGAAACCUCUAUAAAGGAAUUUUAUCAGAAGGUAACAGAACGAUUGCUGUAAAACGACUGGAGAAGAUGGGGGAUGAAGGAGAAAGGGAGUUUAAAGCAGAAAUGACAGCAAUUGGGCAAGCUCGUCACAAAAACUUGGUUCAUUUGCUUGGUUUUUGCUUGGAGGGAUCCGAAAAGAUUCUUGUAUACGAGUACACGAGCAAUGGAUCACUUGCAGAUAUCCUAUUUAAUUCUGAAACAAGUCCUUCUUGGGAGCAAAGGAUGAGGCUUGCACUUGACAUAUCACGAGGAAUACUUUAUUUGCAUGAAGAAUGUGAGACUUGCAUAAUUCACUGCAACAUAAAGGCACACAAUAUCCUUGUAGAUGAUUUGUGGACGGCUAAAAUCUCUGAUUUUGGGCUAGCAAAGUUUUUGGUUCCUAAUCAAGUAGGAAACCAACUUCAGCUCAAAACAAGAGGGUAUUUGGCACCAGAGUUGCAGAAUACCGCCUUGAUAUCUGACAAGGUAGAUGUUUAUAGCUAUGGAGUGAUGCUCUUGGAGAUCAUAUGCUGUAGAAGUAAUAUGGAUGUCAACGUCUCAACUGAGGAUGAGAUCUUUCUUCCUACUUGGGUACAUAAAUGCUUUGUCGAAAAUGAUCUCAAAAAGCUAGUGGGAGAUGAGGAAGUAGACGUGAAGUCCUUAGAGAGGACGGUGAAGGUUGGUUUGUUAUGCAUUCAUGAUAAUCCUGAUCUGCGCCCUUCUAUGAGGAAUGUGGUUCUCAUGUUAGAAGGAAUUAUGGACAUACCAUUUUUAGCAUACACAAACAUUGUUUAGGUUUCUUAUGUCUUCUGUAUAUUGUAACAUACUGAUAUAUAAUGAAGCAUAAAUUUUACUUUGUAAUAGAAUGUCAAGCAUUUUAUUUA